GUUGUGCAAACCAUUACACUCACCAAACCAAUCUCCCAAUUCUACACUUUUCCAAUGGCUGAUCGAAUUCACCCAAACACUCUUCCCGUUUCAGACGACUCUCAAACGACGUCGUCUCAGAAACCCGCAUUGGCUUCCAACACUGCUCCUGCUCCAUCACCGCCACCAGGAACCUAUAUCAUCCAAGUCCCCAAAGACCAAACCUACCGCCAUCCUCCACCAGAAAAUGCUCAACGUUACGCCAACUACACUCGCCGGAAAACUCGCCGGAACCGCUGCUGUUGUUGUCUCUGCUGGCUCAUCGGAAUCCUAUUUAUUCUACUUGUACUCGCUGCCAUCGCCGCCGGUGUUUUUUACUUGAUUUUCCGACCUGAAUCGCCUCAUUAUUCAAUCGAUCGCAUUUCUGUGAAAGGAAUGAAUCUCAAUUCGUCUGUAAUUUCGCCGGAGUUUGAUGUCUCUGUUAAAGCUGAUAACGGUAACAACAAAAUCGGAAUCUACUAUGAAACCGAUAGUACUGUUGAAAUAUUUUACAAAGACGCCGUUCUCUGUAACGGCGUUUUGCCGGUGUUUUAUCAACCGUCAAAUAACGUGACGGUGUUUCAGACGGUGUUGAAGGGUAAUGGCAUAGAACUAGCGAGAUCUGAUCGAAGGACGUUGUUGAAUGCUGUGGCGAAACGGAAUGUGCCGUUAAGUUUGAAACUGAGAGCGCCGGUGAAAAUAAAAGUGGGAUCCGUUAAGACGUGGAAGAUUAGAGUUAAGGUUGACUGUGAUGUGACGGUUGAUCAGUUAACGGCGCAGGCGAAGAUUGUUAACAAAGAUUGUAAUUACGGAUUAGAUCUUUGGUUAUGAAAUACUAAUAGGAUCCAAUAGUAUUUUUCUUCGGUUAGAUAGGCUGGCUGCAGUAAUCUAUAAUUUGGAUUUAGGGUUAGGAGUUAAGAUAUACUAGUAAUUCAAUUGUUACUUGCCAUUCAAAAAUAUAUAUUUAAUUGUUACUUUUUUUUUUUCUUUCCAAAA